UUGAGGUUAAUGAAGUUGUACAAGGUGAACCUGUUGUUGAAGUGGGUCAAGAAGAACAUGAUGAUGCUGAAGUUGAACUUGGACAAAAUGAAGAAGUUCAUGAGGUUGAACUUGGUCAGCAAAAACUUCCUCGGGUUGAAGUUGGUGACCAAGAACUUCCUGAGGUUGAAGUUGUUCAGGAAGAACAUGAUGAUGUUGAAGUUGAACUUGGACAAAAUGAAGAAGUUCAUGAGGUUGAACUUGGUCAGCAAGAACUUCCUCGGGUUGAAGUUGAUGACCAAGAACUUCCUGAGGUUGAAGUUGUUCAGGAAGAACAUGAUGAUGUUGAAGUUGAAGAACAUGGUGAAGAAGGUGAUGGUCAUGUUGAUGAAGUUGUUGAGGAACAUGCUGAAGAUGGUGGAGUGGGGGAUGCAUCUGAUGAGGAACAUUUGGUGGAUGUAAGUGUGCAUGGAAAUGAAGAAACCCAAGAAGAGGAAGAGGACUGGCUAGGGGGAAUAGGAAGGGAAUGUAGUUCUGGAAAGAAGCAUGUAGAGGCAAGGGGAUUAAGUGAUAGUGAGUGGCAAUCUGAUAGUUGUGGUAGUAUAAAUAUAAGUGAUGAUUCAGAUGUUGAAACAUCUAGAUAUGGAGAUUUUGCAACCUUCAAAGAGCCCACAAGUAUGAAAGAGUAUAGAUGGGAACUUGGUACAUAUUUCCCUNAAAAAAAUGAUUUCAUUGAUGCAAUUAGAAGUUAUGGAGUACACAAUGGUAGAAAGUUGAAGCUGUGGAAGAAUGAUAAGAGAAGAAUUAGCGUGAAAUGUUAUGGCUCACAAGGGAAAUGUCCCUGGUACGCUUAUUGUGGAUAUAGGAGUACCCAGCGUACAUGGCAGCUAAGAAAGCUUGUGGACAGGCAUACUUGUACUAGGGAAUUCAAAGUUGGUCUAGUAACCUCUAAAUGGUUAAGUGGGAGGCUGGAGAAGAGCAUCAAAGCAAAUCCUGAUUUUAAAAUGUCAAAUCUGCACAACAAUUUCUGUAAGAAAUUUAAUGUACGUGUGUCUAGGGCUACAACAAGUAGAGCAAAGGCAAUGGCAACANCUAGCAUUGAGGGUAGCUUCAAAGAACAAUAUCUAAGNCUCUAUGAUUAUGCAGAGGAGUUGCUGCGGGCAAACCCAGGUUCAACAGUUAAGAUUAAUGUUGAACCAAACCAGGAUAAAACCAUAUUCAAGAGAAUUUAUGUUUGUUUAAAAGCAUGUAAGGACAGCUUUGUAUCUUGUAGACCAAUUAUUCAUUUGGAUGGNUGUUUCUUAAAAGGGAAAUAUGGAGGAGAGCUUUUAACUGCUGUUGGCAGAGAUGCUAAUGACCAGAUGUGUCCCUUAGCUUAUGCUGUAGUUGAAGUUGAGAAUAAGGAAUCAUGGACUUUUUUCUUGGAAUUGUUAAUUGAGGAUCUUGGAGGUGGGGGGUUUUGUUCAAGAUGUACAUUUAUGUCAGAUCAGCAAAAAGGACUUCUUCCAGCUUUACAAAUGUUGUUGCCUAAUGUGGACCAGCGUUACUGUGUUAGGCACAUUUAUUCAAAUUUCAGAAAGAAAUUUGCUGGCUUAAACCUUAGACAAUUACUAUGGAAGGCUGCAACAUCAACAACCCCUGAAGCAUGGGAGUCAGUAAUGAGACAGAUGAAGGAAGUUAACAUUGACGCAUUUAAAUACUUGAUUCAGCUUCCACCAAGACAUUGGUCUAGAUCCAGGUUUACAGGAAUACCUUCUUGUGACACACUUGUCAACAACAUAUCUGAAGGUUUUAAUAGUGUCAUCUUAGAUGCACGGGGCAAACCUAUAAUAUCAAUGUUGGAAGAGAUUCGGAUGUACUUGAUGAACAGAUGGGCAUCCAAUAGAGAGAAGGUUAGCAGAUUUGAAGGUAUCAUAUGCCCAAAGAUUAAAAAAAGACUGCAGAAGGAGUUAGAGAAGACUAAAUACUGGAUGCCAAGUUGGUCAGGGAUGCAAAUAUUUCAGAUCACUCAUACAUCCAUCAUUGCUGAGAAGUACGUGGUUGAUGUUGAGAAAAGAGAUUGUAGCUGCAGAAAAUGGACAAUAACAGGAAUACCUUGCUGCCAUGCACUCACAGCCAUGAGCUUUCUCAACAUCAAUCCUGAAGAAUACUUGCCACUUUGGUUUAGGACUU